AUGUCUCCCAACUGCAAAAUCCAUCUCCUUGAUGGCGGCCUUGGCACAACACUCGGUGACUCCCACCAAGUACAAUUCACAGAAAAAGAACCCCUCUGGUCCUCUCAACUUCUUAUUCCCACCCAUCCUCAUGGCCCCAAGACACUCUUCGCUACCCAGAAGUCUUUCGUGGAUGCCGGCGCUGAUAUUUUGUUAACUGCUACUUAUCAAACGAGUUAUGAGGGGUUUGGAGGUUCGGGAUAUGCUGUUCAUUCACACACAUCCUCAGCCCCUGGGAAGGAAGAUGGAGAUAAAGAAGAAGUUAAUGGGAUCAUGAGAAGCGCGAUAGAUAUUGCUUCCAAUGCAUUUUCCACUCAAAAAGACUCAAAUGGCAAAAUAGCACUAAGUCUUGGUGCAUAUGGUGCAAUCAUGACCCCAGGACAAGAAUAUACGGGGAAAUAUGAUCAUGAGCAUAAAUCGAGCGAGCAGUUGAGUUCGUGGCAUCAUGAAAGAGUCUCCGUUUUCUCGAAGGAUCCAAAGUGUUGGGAGAAAAUCGAUUAUGUGGCCUUUGAGACCAUUCCAUUAUUGGAGGAGAUCGAGGGUGUAAGGAAAUCUAUGGGAGAUGUUGAAAGAUCAAACAGUGGACAGACCGGAAGUAAACCAUUCUGGAUUACAUGUGUAUUUCCUGGCGAGGGAAACAGUUUACCUGAUGGAAGUUCCGUGCAACAAAUAGUGCAAGCGAUGUUGGGCAACAAAGAUGGAUCUCCAUUACCAUUUGGAAUCGGACUCAACUGUACCAAAGUUGGAAAAGUGGAGAAUCUAAUUCUAGACUUUGAACGAGAAGUCAAUGCCUUGAUCGAGAAGGGAGAUAUUAGCGAAUGGCCAUCUUUGGUAGUAUAUCCCGAUGGAACCACCAAGGGAGAAGUCUACAAUACCUCAAGCAAAGUAUGGGAAAUCAGAGAACCACCCGGAAAAGGUGAUCUGCAGUGGGAUGAAGCGGUUCUUGAGAUUAUUAAGAGGACGAGGGCGAGAGGUUUGUGGGAAGAUAUUAUUGUAGGAGGUUGCUGCAAAACUACGCCGAGGGAAAUAGGGAAGUUGAGACAGAGGAUUGAUCGCUUGGAUAGGGAUUAA